AUGGCUCAGAUGGCUAUCACUUCAACAAGCCUGGUCCUUGAGGUUGAGAUUUAUUCAACAGUAGUGGUCUCAGCAGCACCAUCUAGAACUGCUUUUAGUUGUGUUUCUAGCAUGAUUAUAGGCAUGCUUAGAGAAGGCCUUCAGAGCUUGAGGGAACUGCCUCUCAAUGAGCUGAGAGAAGCUUUGGCAAAACUAAGGGAGUCCACAGUGACUACUGCGGUUGGGAGUGCACCAGAAGUGCUUUCCAAUUUUAAUGCAACUCUAAACAAGUUGGAGAGCUUGCGAUUAGAAGUACUACAUCUUGAGGAAGAAACUAGCAGGCUAGCCUCGUUGAAGGAGUUAAUCUUGCAUCAUCACGAGAAGAUUAAUGCUUGCAUCGAGAAGGAGGCCAUGAUAACUGGCCGUCAGCAGGAUCUCAAAAGGGAGGCACAAGGAAGCUUUAAGAGAAUAAUAGAAAUACGAGAAGAGGUGAGGAUACUGAGAGAGCACGUACUCCGCAGGUGGUGCUGGAGGUGGCGAGGUGCUGCAGUGGGCACUGGCACCAGUGUGCCCGGUGGCACCGGUUUCAGUAGCGGCUCGGGCACGGGCAAUGAAGGAGGCCAAGGUAGUGCCUCUGGUGCUGCCGGAACUGUUGGUGGUGGUGGUGGUGGCGGCGGCUCAGGCAACGGUGCCGGUGGUGGCUCGAAUGGUGGGGGUGGCUUUGGAGCUAGCGCCGGCGCUGGUGCUGGCGGUGGAGGUGGUGUCUCUCAAAAUCCGGACACUGCCCCACCUCCGGGAAUCGUGGAUGUUCCACCGGUAGACGUGCCUCCAGUGGACGUGCCGCUAGUUGUUGCUCCCUCUGUUGAACUUCCCCCUGCGUUCUCUUUCAUUAUUGAUAUACCGCCUGUGACUGUUCCUCCUUUGGAUUUGCCGCCGAUUCUUGCCCCCGUCAUUGAUGAGACUUUGUUUUGA